CAACGGCGAAGAUUGCUCGCUCGACUCGAUCCCGCAACUCGUCUCCCACCUCGCCGCCGUGUGCCCGCCGUCCUCCCCCCGCGACUGCCGCGACCAUGAACCCUUCCAUGCCACCGCCUCCGCCGCGAAACCCUAACUCCUCUUCGUCAUCCGCCUCCAUGCCGCCUCCUCCGCCCCAAAACCCCUCGCCGCCGACGGCGCGGCCGGAGGCGGCGUCCGAGCCCGACUUGUCCUCAGCGGGGGUGAGUGGUCGCGCUGAACCUAGCACAUCCUCCUCGAUGCCGCCGCCUCCGCCUCCAAAACCCGGCCCGUCAGCACCGCAGCUGGAGGCAGAGGCGGCAGGGGAUGAGGGAAGCGCUUCCCUGAGCCCCAGCGUGAGCGACUCGUCAGCGAAGGAGGCGCCCAACACCAUGGGGCCCUCCUCCGGCAACACCGUGGUGGAGGAAGCGGGCGCGUCGCCAGUGGAGCGGCAGAGGCAGCAGAGGGCGCGCGCGCCGUACGCCAUUCCCGAGUGGAGCGCCGCGCCUAGUCACCCCUUCUUCCUUGAGGUGCUCAAGGACGGGACGAUCGUUGAUCAACUUGACGUGUCCAAGAAAGGAGCUUACAUGUUUGGUCGAAUUGAUCUGUGCGAUUUUAUUUUGGAGCAUCCAACCGUUUCUCGAUUCCAUGCUGUUUUGCAGUUUAGAAAUGAUGAGAAGGUUUUCCUUUAUGAUCUUGGUAGCACACAUGGAUCCUUCAUCAAUAAAAGUCUGAUCAAGAAGAAGCUAUACACAGAGAUUCAUGUGGGAGAUGUAAUUCGAUUUGGGCAAUCAUCACGGUUGUACAUUUUUCAAGGACCAUCUGAGCUAAUGCCUCCAGAAAAAGACUUGCAGAAGCUCCGGGAUGCUAGAAUCCAGCAAGAUAUGCUUGAUCGUGAAGCUUCUGUUUUACGUGCAAAAACUCAAGCAGCUUUGGCAGAGGGAAUCUCAUGGGGUAUGGCAGAUGAUGCAAUAGAAGAGUCUGCAGAGGAUGAUGCAGAUGAAAUUACUUGGCAAACCUACAAAGGUCAGCUUACUGAUAGACAAGAGAAAACUCGUAGCAAGAUAGUAAAACGAAUGGAGAAGAUUGCCAACAUGAAAAAAGAAAUUGAUGCAAUAAGAGUUAAAGACAUUUCUCAAGGUGGGCUAACCCAAGGUCAACAAACACAAAUUGCACGAAAUGAACAACGGAUAUCUCAGAUUAUGGAGGAGCUAGAUAAUCUAGAAGAAACUUUAAAUGACAGUAUACGGGAAAGUAUUGGUGCUCGUUCUGGAAAGGCAAAGCGUAGCAGCCAUAAAGCAAGUCUCGAAGAAGAUGACAUUCUUAGUGAUGAUGACGAAUUUUAUGAUCGAACGAAGAAGAAAUCUAGUCAGAAAUCAAGUGAGCAACAAUCAGUUGAGACUGCUGAUAGCCUUCUUGAGAAAAAAGAUUUCAUCACCAAUGAUAUUGAAAAUAAAACAAAAUUGCUUGAAGAAGAGAAGCAUAAGCUGUCUCAGAGUGAUACUCCAGAUGUCAGGGAUGACCUUGAUGCUUAUAUGAGUGGCUUGUCAUCUCAAUUAGUACAUGAUAAGAUUGCCCGAAUUCAGAAGGAACUGUCUGAUCUUCACGAUGAGCUGGACAGAGUAGUUUACCUACUGAAAAUAGCUGACCCUAUGGGAGAAGCAGCUUCUAAGAGGGAUCUAAAGCCAAGAGAAGCGAAACCUCCAACAUCUAAUGAUAAUCCAAGGCUAGAUUUGAAGAAACAAAAUAAAAUUGGAAAAGCUACAGCUGAGGAGAAACCCAAGGAUUCUUCUAGAGAAGUAGGCACGGAUAAACCUGCUAAAUUACAGACAGAUGUCUCUAAGAACCAAGAAGAUGGCAGCAGACCUGCAUUUGCCAUCCCAAAACCUCAAUGGCUUGGUGACAAAAGGAUCAUAGAACCUGAAGAAAACUUUAUAAAGAAAGAAAAGUCUGAUGCAGAGGAGCCUGAUAAUUUUGUGGACUACAAAGACCGGAAAACCAUUCUUUCUUCAGGCAGUGGAAAGGAGCUUGAAGAGGCCGCCCCUGGGCUUAUUUUACGGAAGAGAAAGUCUGCUGAAGAGUCAGUUGCCAGCGAGGCAAAUUCAUCUUUGGUUGAAAGUGAAGCAUCAGUUGCUGAUGCUGUGGCCCUUCUGCUUAAGCAUAAACGUGGUCUACAAACCUCGGAAGAAAUGGAGAAUGAGAACGAACCAAAUUCUAGCAAGAGAGAAGGGAAGAAGUCUAAACAAAAACGUGUAUUGGGCCCAGCAAGACCAGAUUUCCUUGAAGCCAGACCAGAUUCUGAAACAUGGGUGCCACCUGAAGGUCAAACUGGUGAUGGCCGCACUGCGUUGAAUGACCGUUUAGGUUAUUGAAAAAGUUCUUCCAGCAACAACGCCCCCUGUGGAGAAGUGCAGCAUAGUGGUUAUGGUGCAGAGCCUGUUUGGGGCCAUAUUCUGUGAAGACAUUACAAUAGAAGCUGAGAUGGUUUAUUCUGUUAAUGGCAAGUUUGGCAAAGGAACUAGGUUUUCAUUGACAUAGUGGUCUAUGCUAAUCCUCUCGCUUUGUAAAGAGAGGGUACAGAGACUAUACAGGCUGUUGAGGUUCAAUGUAUAUCACCACCAGAGUGUACAUUUUGUACUCUCACUUGUCCUGUUAUUUUGCACUGGCACCACGUUUUUUCAUUCUUCAUUCA